GCAAAGUUUUGGCUCCCCCCCCAUCACACACACACCCAUUGUUCUAUGGGUAACGACUUCCUGGAGGGCUCAGUUGUGUUCCAGAGGGAGUGACAUGCUGAGCCUUCUCCUCCAGGAAACCGAUACUUUCGAGCUUCUGACAGAGACUAAACACAGGGGAGGCUGAAGAGAGCAGGAACGGCGUGAGAACGGAGAAGAGGGGAGAGCAGAAGCAGAGAGAUAAAUCAUGGUCAUGUAGGGGAGAGAAAAGAGGCUCGAUGAUGUCGUUCUUCGGGUUGAGCUGCGGAAAGAAGAAGGAGAGAGAGGAGGAGAGAUGUCUCAGAGCAAAUGACAGAGAGUUCAACCUUUCCUUCAAGUAUGCGACCAAUGCUAUAAAAACCUCCAAAUACAAUUUGUUUACCUUCCUACCACUCAACCUUUUUGAGCAGUUCCAGAGAAUAGCCAAUGCCUACUUCCUGUUCCUGCUUGUACUCCAGCUGAUUCCGUCCAUCUCAUCCCUCUCCUGGUUCACCACAGUAGUCCCUCUGGUCCUGGUGCUUUCCGUCACUGCAGCUAAAGAUGCGACCGAUGACAUUAACCGACACAAAAGUGACAGGCAUGUCAACAAUCGCAAAGUAAAGGUCCUCUUAAACGGAGAAUUGCGGAGUGAAAAAUGGAUGGACGUUCAAGUUGGUGAUAUCAUCAAGUUGGAAAACAACCAGUUUGUGACGGCAGAUCUGCUCCUGCUCUCCAGUAGUGAGCCUCUCAACCUGGUGUAUAUCGAGACCGCUGAGCUGGAUGGAGAGACCAAUCUGAAGGUGAAGCAGGCUCUGACGGUUACCGGGGACAUGGGAGACCACAUCCAGACGCUGGCGGCCUUUGACGGUGAGGUACGCUGUGAGCCACCGAACAAUCGCCUGGACAAGUUCACCGGCACACUGACGUUCAAGGACCACAGGUACUCCCUGGACAAUGAGAAGAUCCUCCUGCGCGGCUGCACCCUGAGGAACACGGACUGGUGCUUCGGCCUGGUCGUUUUCGGAGGCCCCGAGACAAAGCUGAUGCAGAACUGUGGGAAGACCACGUUCAAGCGCACCAGUAUCGACCGUCUGAUGAACGUGUUGGUGCUGUGCAUCUUUGGCUUCUUGGCGGUCAUGUGCACAAUCCUGGCCAUCGGAAAUGGCAUUUGGGAGCAGCAGGAAGGGUCAAAGUUUACCGUAUUCCUGCCCAGGCAAGACGGGGUGAACUCCGCCUUCUCUGGCUUCCUCACCUUCUGGUCCUACGUCAUCAUCCUCAACACCGUGGUUCCCAUCUCCCUCUAUGUCAGCGUGGAGAUCAUCCGCUUGGGGAACAGCUUCUACAUCGACUGGGACAGGAAGAUGUACUACGCCCGGAGCGAUACGCCUGCAGAGGCUCGCACUACCACCCUGAACGAGGAGCUGGGCCAGAUCAAAUACAUCUUCUCCGACAAGACGGGAACCCUCACCCAGAACAUCAUGACCUUCAACAAGUGCUCCAUCAACGGGAAGUCCUACGGGGAUGUGUUUGACUAUGCUGGACAGAGACUGGAAAUUACUGAGAAGACGGAGCGGGUGGACUUCUCCUACAACCAGUUGGCCGACCCCAAGUUCUCCUUCUACGACCACAGCCUGGUGGAGGCGGUCAAGCUGGAGAACCCAGAGGUGCACUCCUUCUUUCGCCUGCUGGCUCUCUGCCACACCGUCAUGGCGGAGGAGAAGAACGAGGGUGACCUUCUGUACCAGGCCCAGUCCCCUGACGAGGGCGCCCUGGUAACUUCCGCCCGAAACUUUGGCUUCGUGUUCCGUUCCCGCACUCCGGAAACGGUCACCAUCGUGGAAAUGGGCGUCCAGAGGAGCUACGAGCUAUUAGCCAUCCUGGACUUCAACAAUGUGCGCAAAAGAAUGUCUGUUAUCGUGCGUAGCCCGGAGGGGAAGUUGUCUUUGUACUGUAAGGGGGCCGACACCAUCGUUUUCGAGAGGCUUCACCGGUCAUGCAGCAAGCUGGCAGAAGUCACUACAGAGCACCUCAAUGAGUUUGCAGGGGAGGGGCUGCGGACUUUGGCCCUGGCCUAUAAGGACCUCGAUGAGGAGUACUUUGAGAAAUGGAGAGAGCGCCACCAUGAGGCCAGCACCGCUUUGGAUGAGAGAGAAGAGAGGCUGGAUGAGCUGUAUGAGGAGAUUGAGAAGGACCUGCUGCUGCUGGGGGCCACAGCCAUUGAGGACAAGCUGCAGGAUGGCGUUCCCCAGACCAUAGAGCAGCUGUCAAAGGCCAAAAUAAACAUCUGGGUUCUGACAGGCGACAAACAGGAGACGGCAGAGAACAUCGGUUACUCCUGCAACAUGCUGCGGGAGGAGAUGAACGAGGUGUUCAUCGUGGGUGCCAACUCCUCCGAGGAUGUGAGGGAGGAGCUACGGAGUGCAAGAUUGAAAAUGAAGCCUGGGGCAGAUGAAGAGCCAUUAAUCAUGGCUAGGGGAAUUCUGGGUAAAAAAUUAAAGGUGGUCCACGAUGAAGAAGUGGAUGGAGAGUAUGGGCUUGUUAUCAACGGACACAGUUUGGCCUACGCUCUGGAGAAGAGCAUGGAGAUUGAGUUUCUGAGGACGGCCUGCAUGUGCAAGACGGUGAUCUGUUGCCGGGUAACGCCCCUCCAGAAGGCCCAGGUGGUGCAGCUGGUCAAGAAGUACAAGAAGGCCGUGACGCUGGCCAUCGGGGAUGGCGCCAACGACGUCAGCAUGAUCAGAGCGGCUCACAUCGGCGUGGGCAUCAGCGGGCAGGAGGGCAUGCAGGCGGUGCUGUCCAGCGACUACUCCUUCGCCCAGUUCCGCUACCUGCAGCGCCUCCUGCUGGUGCACGGGCGCUGGUCCUACCUGCGCAUGUGCAAGUUCCUGCGCUACUUCUUCUACAAGAACUUCACCUUCACCUUCGUGCACUUCUGGUACGCCUUCUUCUGCGGCUUCUCCGCACAGACGGUCUAUGAUGAAUGGUUCAUCACCUUGUAUAACCUGGUCUACACGGCCCUCCCUGUACUCGGUAUGAGUCUGUUUGACCAGGACGUGAACGACCGCUGGAGCUUCCAGUACCCACAGCUGUACGCCCCGGGCCAGCUCAACCUGUACUUCAGCAAGACGGCGUUCGUGCGCUGCGCCCUGCACAGCGGCUACAGCUCGCUGGUGCUCUUCUUCAUCCCCUACGCCGCCAUGUACGACACGGUGCGCUACGACGGCAAGGACAUCGCCGACUACCAGUCCUUCGCCAUCCUGGCGCAGACCUGCCUGCUCAUCGCCGUCUGCAUACAGCUGGGUCUGGACAUGUCCUACUGGACCGCAGUGAACCAGGUCUUUGUGUGGGGUAGUCUGGCCAUGUACUUUGCCGUCACCUUCACCUUUUACAGCAACGGCAUGUACCUCAUCUUCACCGCCUCCUUCCCCUUCAUUGGCACAGCCAGGAACACUCUGAGCCAGCCAAACGUGUGGCUGACCAUCCUCCUGACGACCAUCUUGUGUGUGCUGCCGGUGGUGGCCUACCGCUUCCUGCUCAUCCAGCUAUGGCCAACCAUCAACGACAAGGUGAUGUUGAAGGUUCGGGAGGCCAAAGCGGCUCCGCCCCCUCCCCCGCCCCGCACGCGAAUCAGACGCACCAGCUCCCGGCGCUCCGCCUACGCCUUCUCUCACGCCCAGGGCUACGGCGACCUGGUGACCUCAGGGCGGUUCCUCCGGCGGCCGCCUCCCCCGCGCCGCUCGGCCGGGUUCAGCCCGACAGGCCGGGCCACGGGCCUCAUCCACGCGGGGCGCUCUGGAGGGUACAGUCCCACAGCUCGGACCCAGAACUCCAGGGAGCCCGAAACCUCGCUACAGAUGUACCGGGCUGUCAGGGAUCCAGUGUCCUGAACUCCCAUCCAGGGAACCAUAGCCAGAUACCGGCUCUGAACCUGUUUACAUUAGGGGAACUGUGGGAGCAGACACAGCCACACACAUACACACACCCACUCACACACACACAAGCAGAUACAUAUGCACACGCACACCCACUCACACACACACACACAAACACACAGAUACAUAUGCACUCUCUCACACACACACACACAGACUGGGAAUGAAUCGGUUUCAUGACUUUUUUAUGCAUUUGGGAACAAUGCUGCCAUGAAACAGCAAAAACAAUGAGAACCCAACUUACAGCACUGCCACUGUAAAGAAACUGACUAUUAAUUAAAGACCUGAGACCUACCACUGACACCAAAGUGCUUAAUGCAGCCCCUCAGUUACUUUCCAACUGCACUAGAAAAGAACAAUAACCCUCAAGCCUUCGCUUUAUUGUGGCUGUAGUUUAUUGAUGUUCUAUCAAACUGUCUCGAUGUGGAUGAAAGCAUUUACCAGAAGCCUUUGCUGAAAAGGAUAAGACGUGGUGCAAUGGGAUAUGCUGCGAAUCCAUCAUUACAUCGCCAUCCAAAUGGAGUAAAGGCAAUAGGAAGGCCCCAUUUACAAAGAAAGCAGGUGUCAGACGUUGGAAAUGGCCCUUCAAAAACACUGCAUGCUGUCAACGAGCUCAGUUUAAAAUGGUGCCUGCAAAGGGUCCUAAUCUCUGCCCAGCACUGCCCCAGUAUCGGUUUUUUGGUUACCUGCUUGAAAACCCCCCUGCUGCACGUUGGUCAGACUAUGGCUACAGCGAAGUCCUUUAGCCUGAACACUAAUGAGGAUCUGAUGGCGCACUCUGGAACGUUCCUGCCUGUCUUUCCUCUCCUCUCUCUGCCUUUAGUCGUGCGGGCAAACAACCUGGACGCCUGUAAAGGCCCUUUCUCUCUAUGCUCCCUUUAGCAUGUGUCAGGUGUGUCCACCUGCAUGUGCCUCGGGGGAUUAGCGAGGAAUGAAGAACUACUGAGAUGCUGUGUGGCGCAUGGUGAACGUCCCAAACUGGCUCCAGUGUUCAGUUCUCAGCAGUUGUUGUUUAAACAAACACUUCAGGAGAGGCAGUUAUGGGCAUAACUGGAACAAUUGCACAAAGGCUUAUGUCAAUAUGAGGGGCAUAACAUUUUAAAUGCCAUCUGAUGUUUUCAGGAAUUUCUGGUUGAAGGAUUUACAGUGAACUGGUUAUCUCUCCCGUUUGCAUGGAGAUGAAUGAGUAAUCAGAAAGUACUAUUUAAUAACUCUCUGCACUCAGAAUGAAGACAAACAAAACUGUGCAGAAACGACACUAAAUUACUUUUCCAUGUAAACACAUCUCCCAGGAUGCACUGGGGCCUUCCGUGGCAUUCUCCAUUACCUUUCCCUAUGCAGCUAAUGGGCCUGUCUGGCUGUGUGUCUCUUAAUCCUACAAUUUCCAAUCACAAAAAUGCUGAGACACGCCAAGGACAUUUCUACGACCAACACACAGUGCAAGUCAGCUCAGUCUGAGGAACAUUGUUGUUGUUAUUUUUACCUGCGGUUGUUACAAGCUGCUAAAUGUAAAUUCACAGUCACAUGGACAGGCAGGCCCAAUACAACUCAGAUGUUUCAUGACCAGCUAUUUUUUCCUCUUCUGUGACACUCAACCAGCAUGUUCACCUUCAUUCCCACGCUCAGAGAACAUUGUGCACAUGUUAUUUGGGAUGGGAAUGGCUCACACAUGACUGUGUGUUCUUUAACUGGGGUGGGGGAGUUGUGUGCAAUUCCAAGUCUGUAAGUGGGAAAAAGUGUUUGUUUAAAAAAGUGUUUAGGAAUUAAGGCCGUUUUUCAAUGAUACCAAAGAUGUGAUUUUUCUUACCUUUGGAAAAUUUGUUCUAUACUUAAUUGUGUUUUUAAAUGAAAUCAGAGGCUCCAGUCUUUUUAUGUGACUGCUUUAAGCAUUUUUUCCUCUGUGAGCCAUCCGUGUUAAAUUCCUUAAAAAAUGGAAUACCUUACGAUGUAUUCAAAAUAAGUGGAUUUUCUAGAAAAUAUAUUGAAAAAUAUAUUUCACAGCAAUACAUUUUUUUUUUUAAAGAUAUCAAUAUCUGAAAGUGCCAAACAUUUGUGUAUUUGCCCUUAUAUCAUGAUGUGUGGAAAAUGAUUAAUUAGAAAUAGUGUGGCAAUAACAUUUCUGAUCUGUAUGAUACAUUUUAUUUUAAUUUAUUGCUGUAAAUUCAAUUUCCACAAGGGAUAACAUAGAACAGCCAAAGACAACAUUCCUCUAGGCGUGGUGUUCUACGCAGGUGGGGGUGACCCUAUAUUCCCAUUUGGAAAUAGUGAAAAUGAUGGAGAGGGUUUGAGAACACAGUGAACACGUGACUACACACUGUACAUGUCAGCCAGUCUCAGCCAGGUUGUGAAUAGUAUCUUCUCCCUAUACAGAUGCACAGAACUGUAGUCAAUCUCAGUCAAUAUUGCGAUAAAAAUUAAUGCUUUUCAAUGUCAAUGUAAAGGGAACGUUUUUCCAAAUAUGUUCGUAUGUUUGAAAAAAAAAAAAAAAAACACUGCCAUUUAAGGAGCAAAAUCUAUAUUGAAGUGACUGUUUUGCUAGUGUUGUCCAACAACAUCCACUAUGUCCUUGUGAACCUGCCAUAAAAUUCCGGUAGCAAGUUUCCAGGGUAACAUUGCGUUACAGAUGUCGAUGAAUACGGUAUACACUAAAAGAAAAUCAUCAGAGACUGUACACAAAGUCUAUAAACUAAAUAAAUGUUGUACUCAAUAGGAUAUCUUCGCCCAACCAUAUAUUUGUUUUAUGUAUUUCUGAUUUAUCUAUGCAGCUACUGGAACACAGCGAAUAAGAACUAUUAUUUGCAGUGACAUUUUUGUUUUCUUUCUUUAAAUCUGUAAUUUUCCUACUGUCAGGACCCUAUGCGUUUUUAUACUGUCCAUGAAAACACAUCCAACCUCCUUGUUUACUGUCAGCUGCUCUAUAGUAUGUUAAAGUUGAUUGGCCUGUGCUGUGGGACCUUCUUAGUUUACAGGUGUUAAUUAUGUUCUUACAAAAAAAAUGUAUCUCAAUUUCCAGAAUAUAAUUUCUGCAUGUACCUUUACCAAAGUGCCAAAUAAUAAAGGAUUGCUAUUUUUUGUA